CUUUAGAACAUGGCGAGGAAUACAUAGUGUGCAGUGAUGUGUUAAUAUUAAAUUUACAUUUAUAACGAUGUCUAAUACACCAUCAACACGUCGAAAUGGAGCACAGAAGAUUCGUUUAACAAUCGUAUGUGCCAGGAAUUUAGUCCGAAAAGAGCUUUUCCGUUUGCCUGAUCCUUUUGCCAAAAUCUCGGUUGAUGGAAGUGGGCAAUGUCACUCCACAGAAACUGUGAAAAAUACUUUGGAUCCGAAAUGGAAUUCGCAUUACGACUUAUACAUUGGGAAAACGGACACAAUCACUAUUACAAUAUGGAAUUAUCGCAAAGUUCAUAAAAAACCAGGCAGUGGUUUUUUAGGAUGUGUUCGUAUAGUGAAUUCUUUGAUUCAAAGACUGAAAGAUACAGGCUUUCAGUGUUUGGAUUUGGGACGCGCUUCUCAAGACGACGGCGAACCCGUAAAGGGUCAAAUCAUCAUUUCGUUGCUCUCGCGCGACGGCCCUUGCGGCGGCACUCCCCUGGCCGUCGUAAGCCCCCUGGGAGACAUCAGGGGACCCCCAAACACCCCCGCCAUCGAAAAUAACCUACCGGAAAACGAAAAUAACGCUACAGAUGAACUGCCCACGGGCUGGGAGGAGAGAAGGGCCGUGAACGGUAGGCCCUACUACGUCAAUCACAUGACCAAGUCCACCCAGUGGGUCAAGCCGCAGAUGGGCGGCAAGGCUCGACUGGCCGGCGGAAACAGAGCUAGAGGCGGAAACAAUAACAACAAUAAUCACAACAAUGGCAUAAAUAAUAACGUGGAAGCUAAUAGGAGCGAGGAAUUUAACACUCCCACCACAACAACCACCCCAAACCCCAACGACAUCCAACUCUCCCUCACUCCCGGCUCCAGCAGUUCUCCCAUAUCCCCCCUGGUCAGUCCCCAACACAAAGAACUCCGAACCUCCCACAACAGUCCAGCCUCCCCUCCCCAAAUCGUCACAGAACCCCUAAGCCCACCGUACUCCUUAAUCGACAAGAACAGCCAGAACAAUCCCGACACCCCUACUUCAUCCUGCGGCGGCGCCAACGCUAUCGUCACGCCAUCUGUCGCCACGUCAAGUAACUCUUCGCCGAACGUGAGUAACGGCGCUGCCAGUCCGCAGAGGGCGCCCAAUAGGGAGCGCAGAGCGAGGAACGGUGAGGAGAGAAGAGAUGGGAGUGGGAGGAGGAGGGGUGGAAGGAACAGGAAUUCCGUUAUAGCGGCGCAAGUGGCGGUCGCUGUGGGCCAGGCCGUGGCCAAUGGUGCUGUUGGUGGAGCUCAUACCAAGUUGGAUUUACCGCCGGGAUACGAACUAAGAACUACCCAACAAGGGCAAGUUUACUUUUACCACAUACCAUCGGGCGUUUCCACGUGGCACGAUCCCAGAAUACCUAAGGAUUUGGCUCCUAUAAGCUUAGCCUUAGACCAUUUGGGACCCUUACCAUCUGGUUGGGAAAUGAGACACACCACAACAGGCAGAACGUAUUUCGUCGACCACAACAGCCGAACAACGCAAUUCACCGAUCCCCGUCUUAACUCGCAAAUCCUCAAUAAUAUCUUGAAACGCGUCAAUCCCCACUGCGGUCCACACGCGCAAAAUCCCGCCGCUAGCACCCCGCCCACUGCCGCUACGACUACGCCUACCGCAGCUGUAGCCACGCCCAACGGCAACCAUGCGGUGCCCAAUGGACAGCCAACGCAUCCAAAUCCGGGACCUCUGUCUCCAAGAGCCAGGGUUCAUGAGGAUUUACCGCAGGGCUUGUUAGGUGAGGGGGAGCAUUUGCCAAAAUAUCGACGAGAUUUGGUGGCAAAAUUAAAGGUACUUCGGGCAGAAUUGACAGCAAUGCAACCGCAAAGCGGUCAUUGCCGAUUGGAAGUUUCAAGGAACGAAGUAUUUGAGGAGAGUUACAGACUUAUAAUGAAAAUGCGCCCAAAAGACAUGAGAAAAAGACUUAUGGUGAAAUUCCGAGGUGAGGAAGGCUUAGACUACGGUGGUGUAGCCAGGGAGUGGCUCCAUCUACUCUCGCGUGAAAUGCUGAACCCCCAAUACGGCCUCUUCCAGUACAGCAGAGAGGAUCAUUACACCCUUCAGAUUAACCCCGACUCCUCGGUGAAUCCCGAACAUUUGUCCUAUUUCCAUUUCGUGGGCAGGAUUUUGGGAAUCGCCGUGUUCCACAACCACCAGUUGGAAGGUGGUUUCACCCUGCCUUUUUACAAGCAGUUGCUGAAUAAACCGAUCACCCUGCAGGAUAUUGAAGGGGUCGAUCCGGAGUUGCACAGAAGUUUGACGUGGAUGCUUGAAAAUAACAUAGACGGUGUACUAGACACGACCUUUUCUGUUGAGAACAACAGUUUUGGAGUCGUGAAAGUGCACGAAUUGAAACCAGGUGGUGCUACCAUAGCAGUUACUGAAGAUAACAAGAGGGAAUAUGUUAAACUUUACGUUAAUUACAGGUUUAUGAGGGGUAUUGAACAGCAGUUUUUAGCCCUUCAAAAGGGAUUUACUGAACUCAUACCUCCGGCAUCUUUACGACCUUUUGACGAAAGGGAGUUGGAAUUAGUUAUUAGCGGAAUUGGGUCUAUCGAUAUCGCUGAUUGGAGGUCCCAUACCAGAUUGAAGCACUGUACUCCAGAAACGCCAGUAGUUCAGUGGUUUUGGCAGGUGGUAGAGUCUUAUUCUGAAGAGAUGCGGGCCAGGUUGUUGCAGUUCGUUACCGGUAGUUCGAGAGUACCGUUACAAGGCUUUAAGGCAUUGCAAGGUAGUACGGGAGCCGCGGGCCCUCGACUUUUUACCAUCCACUGUAUAGACGCACCGCCCCAAAACUUGCCCAAAGCCCACACCUGCUUUAAUAGGAUCGACAUACCUCCAUACGAAACGUACCAAGCCCUACUGGAGAAGCUGACUCAAGCCGUUGAAGAGACUUGUGGUUUUGCGGUGGAAUGAUAAAACGAAUUUUAAGGUGAUAAUUGUUCUGUUUAGUGAACAAUUUAUCACACCUAAUGGAUACAUCAACUAGAAUAGGACAAACGUGCAUUUGGCUUUGAAGACUGUAAAGUGCCUUUUCCCACCUCUGCUCUCACACACCGUUCUGACAUUCAAGUGCCUAUAUGCUAGUCAAUUCUAAAAAAGCUAUUAAAACAACACCUUAGAUUCUACACAGAUUAGAAGAAAAUAUAUAUUCGUAACGGUGUUAUUUGCUCGUACAAUUUUUUUAAAGCAAUAUAUUGAAAAUGUAUGCAAUAUAUAGUUAUUUUUCCAUUGUAUGUAGUAUACAGGGUGUCCCAGAAAUAAGUGCAAAUAUUUUAACUGGUAGUAUAGUUCAACACACCAGAAACACG